CAAUUUUUAUACCCACCCCUGCCUAACAAAAUAACAAUAUAUACCACACAAAUUACAAAUAUAUAGCUAUAUAGAUAUCACUAAAUAACACUUUCAAGUUCAGCAAAAACACCUUGGUGUGUGUAUCCAUCCUCACAUGGCUACUCUCCCUUCUAAUCCCUCAAUCAUUACAUUUUCUUUCUCCUCUCUUUAAAAUCUUCAUUAAAAAACAUGAAGAUCAUACACAUCACUGUAAAAUCUCCAUUUCUUCUCUUCAUUGCAGCCCUACUAAUCACCCAUCUAUCUAAAUCAACGGCCAUCAUUCCUCAACAGCUUGUUCGAGGCUUUACAGCAAAUCCAAAUCCAACGGUCACAAAUUUCCAGCCACUUCUCAACGAUUCAACUGGCAACUUCUCACUCAGUUUCCUCCGAGUCAACCAGGACCAACUCGCCCUUGCUAUAGUCCACGUGGCGUCAGGUGAACCCCUUUGGCAGGCUAACUCGGCCGAGUUGGCUCAGUGGGGUGAACACACUCAGCUCGUUUUCAAUGGCAGUUUUGUAAUAAGUGAUCAUGGUUCAAGGGUAUUAUGGUCCACUAACACGGAUGGUGAUCGUGUUGUUUUAACUAGUGCUCCUAAUUUACAAAUUCUCAAAGGAGAGAAAUCUCCCUCUCUUUUAUGGCAAAGUUUUGACUUUCCCUCAAAUACCCUCGUGGAAAAUCAGAAUUUCACUUCUGACAUGUCAUUAGUUUCGUCGAAUGGGGUCUAUACGAUGCGUUUAGGACCGGAUUUUAUUGGGUUGUACGCUAAGUUUAAACAUAUAGGUUCGGACCCUAGCCAAAUUUAUUACAGGCACCGAGCUAUGCAAGCUAAGGUUAAUAUAGUAGAAGGACGUGGUCCAAUUUUGGUUCGUAUAAGUUCGGACGGUUUUUUGGGUAUGUACCAAAAUGGGUCUACCCCGGCUGACAUACAAUCCUUUAAUAGUUAUCAGAGGUCCGCACCCGCUCCUAGACGGGUUCGGAUUGAAGACGAUGGGAAUUUAAAGGGUUAUUAUUGGUCCGGGUCUAGUUGGGUGUUGGACUAUCAAGCAAUAUCUGAAACAUGUGAGUUACCGAGCUUGUGUGGUUUAUACGGGCUUUGUAGGUCUGGGGUUGGUUGUUCGUGUUUAGACAACCAAACCCAAACCCAAACCCAAACCCAAAACCAAACGCAAAGCCAGCAGUGUUAUCCGAACCAAGAGAUUGGGGACCUUUGUAGUGUUAAAGGUAACAAGUUUUGGGAGCUUCGGAAGACAGGUGUGGAACUACCAUAUAAAGAGCUAAUGUCCUACGUCGAAACGGCGUCGUAUGAGCAAUGUGAGAAGUCAUGUCACAUGAAUUGCACGUGCUGGGGAAUAUUGUAUAACAAUGCCUCAAAGUUUUGUUACAAUGUGGACUACCCUAUACAAACUAUACUAGAGGUAGGACAUGAAAGUAAGAUGGGUUAUUUUAAGGUGUGGGAAGGUGCAAAAAAGAAAAAGGAUAAAAGAUUGUGGAUUGGUAUUGGACUUUUAUGUGGGGCCAUGAUUUUGGUUGGUUUAGUUGUUGGAUUUGGAGGCUACAAGUUAUGGAAGAGAAAGAAAAGGGUUAACAAUAGGAUAUUGGAGGAAGAGCAUAUUAAUGCUCCGGGACCCUAUAAAGAUUUGGGAUCAUCUAGUUUUGGAUCGAUUGAAUUAAGUAAUAGAUAAUACAAUUUGAUUAAGUGCCCUAAUUGUAAUGUUUUUGCUAUAAUUUUUUCACUUAAAAUAUCUAUACAAUUAAUAGUAGUUUACAUAGAA